AUGGAAGAGUCGCGUCGUGGGACAUCUUUUCUGGUGCAGGAAAAUCCGAAACCCUUUGUUGACGCAAGCUCGCAGCAACCUGGAAGAACUUUUCCUGGGAAGCACGAGAGCCUCGCGUGGCCGGAGAUUUCUUGUGCUUCUGACGAUGACGCAUCAUCUUCCCUGAACUCAGCAGGGAAACUGGUCAGGAGAUUAAGAGAAACGACGGACUUAGCUCGGUCAUGCGCUACCACCGAGUCUCGCACCGAAGACACUGUACCGAAAGCGCAGCAUCGAUGCACAUUCGAAAAGAUUUGCCACGGCUACUCGCGACUCUGUCGGUAUCUUCCCGACGAUCUGGUUCGCAAAACAAGUGCACGACACUGCAGCAAGCCGUCAGGGUCUGCCCGCGUGCGUUUUCACCGGAUCCACAGCAAAUGCAGUAUCGUUCGGCUCCUCUCUGGAUCUGCAGGGAAGCGCCGAAGCUCAUCUCUGACUCGACCGCACUCCCGUCGAGGCUUGGUGUACUGCUGCUUAGAUUUGACGUCUGAAAACGACUUCGAGAACAGAGCAUCGAGCGAUCGUGGCGCAUCUUUGGCUGUUUGA